GCAAUUUCUUUGCUGCUUUCUAUGUCGAGUUAACAUAACGGUUGUUUAAAAUUCAAAAAUCUGAAGGGGGGUCCUCGACUCAAAUAAUAAGCUGGAAUAAGGGGUAAAAACUACUCUUCUUGACAAACAAAGCUACAGUUAUUCAAAUCAAUGAUCCCUGACAAAAACAAAAUAAAGCAGCAUGGGAAAGCACAAGAAAUUCUUAAAAUCGGAGAAAGCGAAGGUAAAAUUAAAGGGAAACAAGCUUAAAGGACCACAGAAUGUCACAAAGACAGACUUCAAAGUGCGUAAAAUCAUUUUGACGGAUCAACUCAAGAAUGUACAACAAAUUGAAAGCGGUGAACGUAAAAAGCACAAUAUUACUGAUGUUCUAGCACGUAUAAAGAAUUCUACAUCACCGGAAGUAAUUAGUAACUUGAAAGAUAUCAUUUUACAUCAAUCGGAAGACUUCCAGAAACAUUUAGAAGCUAUAAUUAAAAGUGUCGCAAAUUUAUCACUUUCGAUUGAGAAAAAUGUUCGUAAAGAUUGUUUUAAGCUAUUAGACAUAAUAUGCAGCCAGACAACUGAAUUCAACUUAAGGCCUUUCUUUCCAAUUCUCCUAACAUACCUAAAAUGUGCAAUGACACACAUCAAGCCAGCAAUUCAAGAAGAUUCACUUCUUAUGUUUGACAUUUUACUGAGAAAUGCACCAAAACUCGUUGCAUUGGAAAGAGACAAGAUCAUGCCUAAUUACCUUGAUUUAGUGUCAAAAAUAAGAACCGAAAAUAAUCCAGAACGAACAUUGUCACUUCAGAUUGGCAAUAAAAUCACAAAUAUGAAAUGGAGAAAAAGUGUCUUGGAACGUCUAAUUGUUUAUCUGAAGUGCAUCAAUAGCCAACAGAAUGAGAAUAAUGCUAGUGUGGAAGUUAAAAGCUUUGCCAACGAAAUUGUAGUGAAUGAAUUAGCUGAAUUUAUUUGCAAUCCUUACGAACGAAGGAACAUAGCAACAAUGGAUAUAAACAUGCCGACUCUAGAUCGAUCAGAUAACUUCACAAAGACCCUCAAUAAGCACGAAUCAUCAGAUCAGAUUGCAAAAUAUGUUCACAUGAUAAUGCCAUUAAUGUUUGAGACAUGGAUGGAACUAAAGCCUACAAAUGAGACGACACAUGUAGGAUCGAUUCCACAAGACAGUGCUCAAAUGUUGAAAUUGAUUAUGGAUAUCCAAAUUGAGCUGUUUAAUAUGAUAGAAGGGAAUGUCAAUUUAAAGCAGCAGUUCCUGAAGAAAUAUCAAGACAGUUUUGAUAAGCAAAUUUUAUCAAACUUUCCAUACGUUCAGAAUGACGAUGGCACUAAAAGAACUCAAGAAAAUGGAGGUGAACGAUGCAUUUACCAAAAUCUAUCAAUAGCUUUAAUGUACUUUCAAUUUUCAAUGAGAAAUCAGCAAAGAUUCUCAAAAUAUCGCGAAAAAUGCUUUGAUUUUAUUGAGGAAGCUAUCAUGUCAUGGAGAAAUAAAGAUCAAGAAUUUAAUUUCCUCAUUAAAAAAUUAAUUCGAUCUUUAUUCAGCCAGGAAUCACAAAAGAUAUUUGUGAAUGAUUCAAAGAGAAUUUUUAUUGCUUUAGUCCGCAAAUGUAAUGUCGACCAAACAACUUACGAUCCAAAAUUAGCACUCGUUUGUGAAAUAUUUGAGAAAAAUCAGGAGAUGAAGCAAUGUGAUAGCGACAAUAGCUUACUUUCACAAAUGGUUCAGGUUUUGGCAGAGAAAGAAUUUGUGCCUGUAUAUCUAAUUAAAACCAUGACGAUGCUUUGUAAGAAAGGAAAUAAGACAAUAAUUGAAGAAAUUGAGAAGAAUGCAUUAAGUAUUGUCAAAAAUCUUCAAAAAAGACUCAAGAUAAGUGGAAAUCACUUAGAAAGUGUUGAUAGCAAUCGCUGGAAAAUGGAUAUUGCUAAUUUAUUGUACUGGAUUAAUGAUAAGGAUGUUUUGUCGAAAUUAAAUGACCUUCCAAAGUCGGAUAGUCUUGUUUCAGUCAAAAUUGAUCAACUUAUUUCAAUGAAAAUGAGUGCUGCUUAACUAAGAGAUGAAUUAAGGUAAAAUACAGUUUAAUUAAUUUUUGUAUGAGAAUUACCGUUACAAAUUUUUUUGAAUAAAAAAAAUUGUUUUUAAAAUCUUAGAAACAG